AUGGGUGAUCUUUCUUGCUCAAAUGCUAAUGGUACUAAUGUCUAUUCUCAGAGGAAAAGCUGCUGGUAUGAAGAAGAGAUCGAAGAGAACUUGAGAUGGUGUUUUGCUCUCAACAGUAUACUACACACAGGAGCCACUCAGUUCCAGGACAUUCAACUUUUGGACACUAAACCCUUCGGGAAGGCUCUAGUAAUCGAUGGAAAGUUGCAAAGUGCAGAGAUCGAUGAGUUCAUCUACCAUGAAUCUCUUGUUCAUCCACCACUUCUACAUCACCCGAAUCCGAAGACCAUAUUUGUUAUGGGUGGAGGUGAGGGUUCAACUGCAAGGGAACUACUUAGACACAAGACUGUGAACAAAGUUGUCAUGUGUGACAUUGAUGAGGAAGUGGUGGAGUUUUGCAAGUCUUAUUUGGCAGUAAACACUGAAGCUUUCGGUGAUCCAAGACUCGAGCUCAUUAUCAAUGACGCUAGGGUGGAACUUGAAAAGAGAGACGAUAAAUAUGAUGUGAUCAUAGGAGACUUGGCAGAUCCCCUUGAAGGUGGCCCAUGUUACCAACUCUACACCAAGACCUUCUAUGAACUCACUGUUAAACCACGACUCACGGAGGGUGGCAUUUUUGUCACACAGGCUGGACCAGCUGGUGUAUUUAGCCACACAGAAGUUUUCUCUUGUAUUUUCAACACUCUAAAGCAGGUUUUUAAAUAUGUGGUGCCAUACUCAGCUCACAUUCCUUCCUAUGCUGACAUUUGGGGAUGGGUCAUGGCAUCAGAUUACCCGAUAACACUGAGUCCAGAUGAAUUGGAUUUGAGAAUGAAGCAAAGGAUCAAUGGGGAGAAUAGAUAUCUUGAUGGAAAAACAUUUGUGUCAGCUUCUACCUUGAGCAAAGCAGUUCGAAAAUCAUUGGAUGAUGAAACACAUGUGUACACAGAGGGUGCAGCAAGAUUCAUCUAUGGGCAUGGACACGGUUCAGCUCAGAAGCACGAUCAUCAUGCUUGACAAGGGACGGAUUUGAUGCACGAAAGAUGAAGCAAAUUCCCUUUAAUUUUGAUGUUUUAUUUGAAUUUUCUUUGUUUACCUUUUCUUUGUAUUUUGUUUCUUUAAUUUUGUAGCCACCAAUGGUAAAUUAAUUUCUAAAUGUUAAUGAACUUCUAUGAAAACGGAUUCACAACCCAAUAU